CCCAACUCCAUCUCUGUCGGUUAUUCUCUUCUGGUACUCUUCUAUGGCUCUUACCUGUGCUGCUAAAUUCAGACCGAUUCAGACCAAUUCUGACGUGUAUAUGAAUUUAUCGCCGGUGCUAAAAAUGAAAGGAAAUGGAGGGAAACGAUGUUCUGAGUAACGGUGUGUCGAGAGCGGCUAUUUUUUAUUUGUUUUAUAAUUUUUGCGCGUGUCGUUUCUCUCAACUGCAACAAGUUUGAUGUUGCAAUAAUUAUGGUUGUUAGUGAACUUUCUUGGAUGACAGAAUAAGUAGCUUGGGACAUACAAUACACAUACUGUAUUGAGGAGUAAACAAUAUUCGAAUUCUACAUUUCAUCCAUGUACAGUAUUUUGUGAAUGGUGUUGAAACAACGAAAUCAUGGGGAAAUUUCCAGAAAUUACCUGGCCAGCGGAUUAUAUGGAACUGAAGAGAAUCGAAGACUUGCUCCUGUGUGGAAUCUGUUAUGAGUAUAUGGAUACAACUGUUAUGACACCAUGUUCGCACAAUUAUUGUUCCUUAUGCAUCAGGAAAUAUUUACACUAUAAGAUGCAAUGUCCUGCUUGCUUUGAAAAAACUUUUGAGAAAGAUUUACAUACUAAUAGGAUAUUGGAUGAAAUUAUAGAAUGCUUUCUAAAAGUACGAGAUAAAUUAGUUACGUGUAUAAGUGGAGCUAAAAUUGUUACGAGUGAAUACUUGGCCAGUCCAGAGCUUCCUCCGACGAGACCGGCACGAUCUAGCGAUAUUAUUAAGACACCUAGAAGGUUAAACAAAGAAAAAUCUGAUCAAGUUGGAGAUUGUAAUUUUAAGGGGCAUGAUGUAACUCCUGAACAAGGUGCUAACAGUCCUAGUACUAGUGGAACUCAGAAGGUAGCUUCUAUUUUUACGCCGAAAAGUAAAAAAGAAGUAUCUCCCACUAUCUGUGGUAAAGUAGUAAUGUGUCCAGUAUGUAAAGUGGAUAUCUUGGAAAUUCAUAUAAACAAGCAUCUGGAUGAUUGUUUAAAGAGGGAGGCAACAAUUGAUCUUCCAAAACAAGAAGAACCCAAACGCAAACCUCUGCCAAAGUUGGUGUUCAAUUUGAUGAAAGAUAUUGAGCUGCGGAAAAAGUUAAAAGAUCUUGGUUUACAAUCGCAGGGUGACCGAAAAACAUUAGAAAUGCGGCUACAAAGAUACUCAACUCUGUACAAUGCAGAAUGUGAUAAAUCAAAGCCAAGACCCAUAUCCGAAUUAAUCAAGCAAUGUGAAGAAGAAGAGGGAAUUGAGAAAAAAAUGCAGAAAAGUGUCGCUGUGAAUAAACUUAAAGUAACAAGAACCACAGAUGAAAGCAGUAUAGAAGAGGCUCAGAAAAAAUAUUUGGAAACACAUAAAUCAAGCUUCAGUGCUUUGAUAGAUACCAUUAAAAAUCGUGAAAGUUCCAAACCAUCUGCUAAAAGAUCAAUUUUCAAUAAGUGUAAUAGUUCUGAUCUAAGUGCAAGUCCCAGAAAACCUGAUUGCAAUCGGCUUGUUAUCGAAGAGAGUGAUGAUAGUAAUUUAAAUUGCUCUUAUAUGGAUCACAAUGAUCUUGUUUAUGUCGAUUCUGACUCGGACAUAUCGUGUCCAUUGCAGUGGUACAGAUGUGAAGAUCCACGAGACUUUGUUAAAACUCAGCUCAGUAAUAGUAGAGAUACAUCUCUGGAGGAGAAUUCGCAAACUUUUGAUACAUCCGAAAUGAAUACAGUAAGUUUGUCUACCAAUCAAAUCGAUGACGAUGCCCAUUGUGAGAGCCAAAGUGCAUCAAAAGAUGAUGUGAAGUUUGAAAUCGAUGUGCCAUCUUCAGAAUCCACAACCUUGACAGGCCAGAUUAUAAGUUCAGAGUUGGAUAGAACUUCAAAGGCACCAGCAUUUGAUCCUUUUGCAGCACCAACGGAUAGUGAUUCCACAGACGAAGAAUCUACUGGCAUUAGGGAAAAGGACAAAAAAUAUACAAAGAAAAGAGCGAAAUUGGAUUCAAGCAAUAAAGUGUGCAACUUGAAUACCAGUCUUUCUGAUGUGGACGAAUUAAAACUGUCCGAUACACAACAUGAGCAGCAAGAACGCGAAAAGAAUGCUAGACAGCUGGCAAUGACUAUUGCUGAAGAUUUCUCAUUUGAUAUUUCGAGCAACGAUAGUUUCGAUUUUAGUAAUAAUGAUGAAAAAUUGGAAGUCAGGAGCAAACAGAGAUCGGUCGUAGCAGAAUGCACGAACAAAGGUGAACCUACAGUUGAGAAACGACAAGAUAAGGAAAAUACUGACUCUGUAACAAAUGACGUUAAGGUAACUCGUCGAUCGACAAGGAAAAGAAACCACGUUUCACCACAAGGCGGCAGUGAAACCAUUAAUCGUACUCUUGACAAAAGUUUAACCAGGAGGGUCCUUGACGAAUCGAAACGAAAUGUAAUGAGUACCUGUGAGCAUGCCACGGAUCCUGUUGUAAAUAUUAAGCCAAAGCAUACUAGACGAAAGCGUGAGGAAGUUCCAAAUGUAGAAAUUCCUAAUGUUCCAACAAGACCUACGCGUAGGCGAGCUGCAGCUAAUAAGUCAUCCAGUGAAAAUGUUUGAUAGCGACUAUUUAAUGCGGCCGAGCGUAUCGGUGUUAUAUUGAAUUUUGUCAUUUCACUAAGUUUCACAUGUUUAAAACGAAUAAUUUUUGAAACUUGAUUAUGAUGUACACAAGAUUUAAUUUUCAGUUUUUCUACAGAUAAUAUUUUCUACUGAAUUUUAUUGUAUAAAUACAGCCGGAAGGAAACAAAAGAUGAGAAACGCAAGAGGAAA